CUCUCGGCAUCUAUGGCGUUUUGAUUUUCCCCUCCCAAUGCUUGGGCUAAUUUCUUGAACCAUUAUUGAGUAAUUGACAUAUAGAAUUGUAGAGAAACCGGUUUCAGUUCGUUUAUUCAGAGAUGCAGCACAUUAGGAGGUCGGCAGUGUCCACUGGGAACAGAUGGUUUUGCUUCUUGAAAUCCAGGCAUGGGUUGCGUUCCCUCUUGGAUAGUAAUCCUUCUAAGUGCCUUCCUGAUGUGGGUUUUGCUGGGUUUUCAUCCUCUGCAAGAAAGGUUGUGCUUGGAGCUGAAGGAACCUCUAUUCUAGUAAGAGGGCAGCAAAAUAGAUGUUCUCUAGUUGGUUUUGAGUCACCACUUCAGCAUGUGAACAACUAUGGCAUGCUCCCUAUGUCUCCCUUUGCUAGAUCCUUUGCAUCAAAAGCUUCAAAGCACUCCGGAGAAGAAAAAUCUGAGGCUAAUAAAGAGGUGUCUACUGUUGAGGACCCCUUUGAUUCUCCUACAUACCACAUCCCUGAGAAACCAGUGACAUUUACAGAGGGGGCUGGCUACAGUAUUGUAAUUCUUGCAGGGCUUGGUGUUGCAGCUGCUGCAGCAUAUGCUGUUUUCAAGGAGCUGAUCUUUGAACCUAGAGAGUAUAAGAUUUUCAACAAAGCUCUGAAAAGAAUUCAAGACGACAGUCAGGUAAGGGUGAGAAUAGGACAUCCUAUUACAGGGUAUGGCCAAGAAAGUAGAAAUCGUGCUGCUCGCCAACGCAUUCCCAACAGAAUAUAUUCUGAUGAAGAUGGAGUGGAGCAUGUUGAGGUUAACUUCUACAUUCGUGGCCCCCAUGGAGCUGGGAAAGUUUUUGCUAACAUGUUCAAAGACCAAAAAGAUAAGGAAUGGAAAUAUACCUACCUGAUUGUUCAGAUCACUUCACCUUCCCGAGCAGAGCUGAUGCUGGAGUCAUACUUGCCAGCCUAUGAGCCCGCCAGCAGCUGAGAUUAGGUCUCCUGUAGCAUAUGUACACAGCUCAGUCCUGCCAACGGUCAUCCAGAGGUUAC